AUGAUGACGACGUGCCGUCUGCUGUGCGCCCUGUUGGUGCUCGCCCUGUGCUGCUGCCCGUCCGUGCGUGCGACAGAGGCUAAUGAAAUUAAAGGUGGUGGAGCUCAUAACCUCAGUCCAGCGAAGCCUAAGCCAGAGGUAACAAAUCCGGUUGAGCAACCGCCUAGUAAAACUCCUAUUUCGCCAAAGAUAGACGCUGAAGAGAGAGAGACGGAAUCGGGAGAAAAUAAGGCGCUCCAGACGCUACAGACAACGGAUAAAAUAAAAGAAAAGGCAGAGUCACAAAGUAAUCUCAACCAGGCAAGGGAUCAGGAAAAAGAUGGGAAAUCCACUAAUGAAGAGUCGGAUCGUGAUGAGACCGAUAAGGCAAAUGGACAAAAACAAAAAUCAAAUGCAAUAAAUACGACAACCACAACGACAACUACGACAAAGGCACCAACUACGACGACCACGACCACCACUGCGCCACAUGCACCAAGCACUACAAAUACAGAGGCGCCAACCGCGACGACCACCCUCGCACCGUCACAUAUUCGCGAAAUCGACGGCAGCCUCAGCGGCUCUGCGUGGGUGUGUGCCCCGCUGCUGCUUGCCGUAUCCGCGCUGGCGUACACCGCUGUGGGCUGA